AUGACGGCAGCAGAUGAAGUCGCAGUGAUUGUGUCCGCAAGUGCGGCAGCACAGACAGCGUUUAGCUUCCUGCUUGCAGAAAAGUCUUUUGCUGAUGCAGAACGGCGGAUAGCUGCCCAAUCACGACAAGCUGCUCUAUCUGAGCUCUUUUUUGCACAGGCACAAGCGGAUGCAGCAGUCUUAGCUCCAAACAGUGCGAUGAGCGCUACCAGCUUAGGGCUUGCCUCUGUAGCUGCAGAGUUCUCCAAGACCUUAUCAUCUGGGGCUUUGUGGCCAGCUGUUGCCAGUACUUUUUAUUCGACUGUGAGUGCCUUGACCUCGCGAGCUGAAGCUGAUGCUGCCUAUCUUGAGAAUGAGGCUUCCAAGCGUGCACUUGAGGGAAUGGAAGCAAAUGUGGACACUGUCUCAGCAGCCAUCAGCGAAUUUCAGCAACUUCAACGUGAUCUUUCAGCAGAUGAUCUUUCUGAGAACAUUCGGAUUGCAUUGAAGGGUCUAUCGGUUGGUGAGACAAGAGAAUUUCGCGGACUGUCCAGGGAUCAACGGCGAAAGGUUCAUUUACUUGCUGCGGAACUUGGCAUGGUUUCCCAGUCCUUCGGAUCGUCCUUCGGUCCUUCGGGUAGAGUCACGAGAAACGUUCUCGUCCUGUGUCCUUCAGCCGGUUCUCCCUCGUUACAUCAAGAGAAGCAAGAUCCUUUCGAAGCUGCUCAACAAGACUUGCAGAGGUUCCUCCAGACAUUAACGGAUGAGGGUAAAGCAAUCCAAAAGACUUUGGUGCAAGGUGGCUGGGUGCCAGUGGCAGGCAUGUUUGUUUUGGGCAGUGCUGCGUCACCUGUACUUCUGGGCAGGGUCGGCGCUGAGCUGUUGCUGCCGCUGGCAACGGGAACGGUUGGGCUGGCGACUGCUUGGCAGGAAACAGCUGGGAAAGGAGCGGUUGCAGUGGCAAAAAGGCAGACAGCAUUCCUCUUGACCAAGGAGGCCCAAGCAGAAACCCUACUCGGGCGCGCACAACUUGCAUAUGCAGCUUUCCCUACAGAUGUGGCAAUAGCCACUUUGGCAACAACUGCAACUGUGCUGUCUGCUGAAAUGAAUUUGUCUGCAUGGUGGAAGGCAGGCUGUGUGGUGGCGACUGCGGAUGCAUGGUCACAGUUGGCCCAAUUCUCGGCACGAGCUUUACCAGCCCGGACUUCUCUUGCUGUUGUGGACGCCUGA